GAAAAAAAAGAGAAAGUAAGGGUAGAAAAGACAUUAAUGUGAAAGGGAUGUCACGUUAGCAAUUUAACUGAGAUUUUGACAUAAAGUUAUUGUGUGAAAUUUGAGAGUUAGAGGAGCACUUAGUUGAAAUUGAAACGUGAGUAACUGAAACGUUGAGACCUUAUAAGUAUAGGGAGUAAACAGUAUUUUGUCCAAAAGUUAAUUAAAAAAAAAAAAACUAUUUCAUAAUUGGCUGCUGUUCACGUUUCUUUCCAGAUUUUCGAUAAAAUUAUCCCUUCUCCAUCCGGCAGCGGGCCCUAGGGGCGCUGUCGUCGGACGAGCUGCGUUGUCUCUGCCUACGUCGGUGGAGGAAGAGGUGUCCUCAAUUGCAGGGGCUUAGACUUGGGCUGCUGCGGUUUGAGGAAGGUGGAGGAGGAGAUCGUGGUCACUGUCAGGCUGAGGGUGCCGGUGCAGGGUUUUGUCACCGGUUUAGGUCAAGUUUUGGGUUGCAACGCUGGCGGCGUCGAAGGGUGUUUGGCAGAUCUUUUUAGGUUGGCAUCAUCGAUUUUUCCAGAUCCGAUCUGGAGAUGGGGGAUGGCUAGGUUGGUGGUAGCUGGGUUGACAGACGGUGGACGGUGUCGACUUUACAAGUGGUGAUGCGAUAGGGUCUGCGGCAUUUCGGUGGGGCUGUACCAAAGCUGGGUUGGGUCUGGCUUGUUGGCUGGGCUCUCCUUGCUACUAGAUCUUGGGCUUGGGUUCACUACUUGGGCCUAGACCAGGUUACUAUUUUAUUUACAGUUUUUAUAUUUCUAUGUUGUUUAGUUUUGUUGCGCGUUUUGCGAGUAAUAAGUCCCUACAUUUGUAAGGUAGGGCUAGUCAGGCUUUUUGCCUGUGUAUGCACUCAAAGUACCUUGUCUGCUCUAGGUAGGCGGCGAAUUCCUUGUUUGGUCAAAUGGCCGCUACUUCCUAGUUGCAAGGUGAGACUAAGUGUCGUCAGAUUUAUCCUCCGGCGGCAACAUAGUAGGAAAGCUGUGCGUAUGGUAAUUAUGCUACGUUGUAAUCGGGUUGCAUAUCGAGUUAUCUUUCCGUUAGGUCACCGCUAUGUCAAAGCAAAUAGAGUCACCAGUAAAGUGCUCUUUGGUAGUUGGUGCCUAGUUGAAUACAAUUAUUUGGUAGAGACUCAUGAUAGUAUUUCAGGAUGUUCUCUAGGUGAUUAUUGUAAUCAGGGGUUUAGGCUCAAUGUCCCCUCUCCCCCCUUGUAUUCGACAGUUUCAUUAAUCAAGACUUGAGGGCAACCGCACCAGCUCUUCAUUCAAAAAAAAAAAAAAAAACAUAAUUGGGUGCUAAUAGCAAGAUCAAAUUUGUAAAAACCAGUAAAUAAGGAGGAUGAAAGCUGUCGGCUGUGACAAUACAGUCGAGAUUUUGAGAAUUGCUUUGGCCUUGAAACAUUACAAGUUAACAAGUUGUUAAAAUAAUUAACAUAUACUCAUGAAAAACUAGCAACAAAACUUCUAGUAUCCAUAAUUUUAAACAAUUUGAAAAUUAAAGAACACCCAAUCUAAUUCUUCAUAUUCUGACCUCUACCUCGCCCUGCACCAAUGAAAUGCCAAAAUUUUUGCCUAAUCACCAUAGAAGAACAAAAAAAUAGAUAGGAAAAAGAUUGAGAGAUGACAGAUGAUGAGAAUGAAUUGACUGAUUGAAUAAUAGGAGAAAGAUUGAGAGAUGACAAAUGAUGAGAAUGAAUUGACUGAUUGAAUAAUCACUGGAACCCCAAAUUUAAAGAAAAUUUUUGUUUGAUUUCAAGGUUUUGGAGAGAGUGAGAGACUAUUGAAAUUCGUCUACUAUAAUUGUGUUCACAAUUCUCGAAGAGAGAAGAAGAGAAGACGCAGGGACUUUAUAUUGCGUCUCGCUCCACUGUAUGCUAUAUUUAUUUUUGUGUAUAUAUAACCUUUUAUAGAAAAAAAUACUUAGAGCAACUCCAACAGCUUCCCUAUAAUUUCUGUAUAAUAAGGAAGCAAAAGUUAAAGCUUUAGCAUCUUUUUCUUCUCCAACUCCAACAGAUUCCCUAUUUUACAACAAUCUCUAAAAUCUCCAUAUUCUUCCUUAAAAUUUUAGAGAUUGCUGUAAAUAUAGGGAAUUUGGUUUUCUCUUUCCUCACUUUCCCUAAAAUAGGGAAAGUUAUAGGAAAUCUGUUGGAGCAAAAGAGACUCUUUUUUCCCUACAGUGGAGAAAAAUCAAAAUAUGAGGAAGCUGUUGGAGUUGCUCUUAUGCCCCUAUUCUCUUGGGCCUUAGGUUGAUGCCAAGCCUGCCCUUGGGUAGGGCCGGGCCUGCAUGUUGCCUCUCUAUAUAUAUAGCAGGAGAAGAUAAUAAGUUCUGCAAGGGUACGGUAUUUUGGAAUGGUGCAUAUGGCAUUAUAGGAAUAUAUAUAUAUAUAUAUAUAUAUAUAGUUAUAUAUUGUAACUUAAAACGUGUUUAACAAGUUUUCUUUUAAUUGAAAUUUUUAACAACAGUCCCCGACAAAUGGCCUACUCUGAAGUUCGGUACAUUAUUUUUCAAAAAAAUCAAAACGAUACAUGAACUUGUAAUCUCGACUGAAAAUAUGUACAUGCCGUUAUAUCCACCGGUAGUCAAUGUGAUUUUGGUCAAAUUUAUAAGGCCAAAUCCAUCUUUUCAAGGAUUGAUAAAGAAGACAACAAAAAAAAAAGGAAUUAAUCAGCUCGUUCUCUCUCUCUCUCUCUCUACUUCCUUCAUUGUAGAAGAAGAAGGAGAAGAAAGCUUUUCAAAGUAACGGAUCGAGGAUUAUGAACCCUGAAAGUUUGAUAGCUUCGGCGGCCAUAAACAUAGGCCUGGCCAUUGUGAUUCUCUCACUCUUCUCCAUCCUGAAGAAGCAACCCUCGUACGCCCCUAUCUGCUACCCUUGACUCCUCUCUCAGUCCUACGUAGUCGUCGCAACGCCACUGCCACAACAUUUCGGAUUUCGAUGAAUCCCUUACUCUCCGUCGCUUCCUCCCUUCCCUCUCCUGGAUUUGCCGCAAUUACCGCGUCUCCGAGGAUGAGAUCCUCGAGACCAGUGGCCUCGACACCCUCAUCAUCAUCAGGCUCUUCAAGUUUGGCUCUUCAAGCUGGGCUUGCCGUCGUUUUCCCGGUUGUGGAUCUUGUAGGUGGGCGGAGAUGGAGGGAAGAAAGCGAAUUUGGCGGCGAAGGUAGAGCACAUGCACCCCAUUCACAAAACCCAAAAUAAAAUUCAAGUAGAACAACAACCUACCUCAUUGAGUGAGGACAAGAUGAUAGGCUUCAGAGGAUUGAAAUGGGUUUUGGCUUUUGGGGUUGAAGGUGAUUGGGAGUACCCACUAAAAAGUUAGAGUUAAUUAGUUUGGAGUUUUGUGUUUUGUUUUGUUUAGCUGGGAGUGUGUAAGGUGAUGAGGUCAUGAGUGAGUGAGAGUAGUGCAGACUAUAGAUCGGAGUUCCCACAGAGAGAGAGAAAGGUGAAAAGUACUAAAUUAUCAUUUGAAAAAUGAAUAUAUAAUUUCAUAAGGUUAACAGUGCUAUAGAUGCCAUGUAUUAGAAGUGGGUCGGAUUUUGAAAGUGAUGUACCGUUUUGAUUUUUUUUUUAAUAAAAUGUACUGAACUUCGAAGUGCGUCAUUUGUUGGGGAUUGUUGUUAAAAAUUUCCCUUCAAUUAAUUGACAUUGCUAUACUCCAUCGGCACAGUACGUAUAUGGUUGCAACAUGUUUGUGAUAAAAUACAGGCCAGUCCUCAUGCGUCGUUUAUGGCGGGGUUCGAUAUGCAGCUAACAAUGGGGCGGUUUCGUAAUAAUGCAGCAAGAAGGUUUUGGAGGCCUUGGCCUUGGGCAAUCAAAGCCCUGGAAUCUUUAUUCGAAUUGAAGUUUUGGCCGGUUGUUGUGUGUGAGCUUCGUUUUCGCCACUAAGCUGGUUUACUGUCUGAUGAAAUUAGAAGGCCCUUCUUACUCAACUUAUCCUCUUGAUUGUCGAUGGCUGUAAAUUUCUGCUCGGCUACCUAACCCAAAAGCAAUGCGUUGAGUGACUCAAACUAUUAUAAACUUUUGUGUAAAUAAGUUAUGUUUGUUCAAUGUAUACUAGUGGUUGUUAUGAGUUUAGGAUAUUGUCAUGUAUUAACAUUGCGCCCAAAAGGCCGAAAACUAUAUAAGGUAAAUGCACAUAAUAUUCUUGUUUUUUCAAUAUAUAUAUAUAUAUGACACGUAUUUUUGUUUGCCUAAAACUAUAUAAGCUAAAUGCACAUAAUUUAGAGGUAGGGCUUAGAUCUUGUUAAGAUCAUUAUUAAAAUUCAUCAAAUCGGUCUCUCUAGUAUGUGUUAUUUAUGAAUAACGGAAUUCCUUAAAGGAAAAAAAUUUUCUCAUCAUUAUGUAAGAUAUGUUACAUAUGCAUUGUUUCCCCUAUAUUCACAUGUAUUUGUUGUUAGUAAAUUAACCCUAAUUCUACACUGGGUUGCAGGUUCAUUAUUCAACUCAGUUCCAGGGGAUCGAUUUAUACAUAUAUGCCUUUGGAUUCAUUAUACACCGAUGAUUCAGUUGCCUAGUAAUUAAUGGUACUGCGAAACAACUUUUGUAGCAAUAAAAAAUUAAUUAAUUUAAAGAAAAGCUUUCUAUAUAAAUAAAAAGAGGACAUGCAAGGCAUUGGGUUUUGAGUUAAUGUAGUUGUGCAUGAGUGACGAUUCAAUUGAAAGCUGUGAUUAAACCAUUUUGAGCUUUGCGAUUUCAAUUAAAAGCUUUUAUAGGUUUAGCUGCUAAUUAAGUUAUGAGGAAUACAAAAGGACUCGAAGUACUUAAUAUAUAAUGCUUCAUCCAAAACCAAAACCUUCAUACACAACCAUUUUCAGAUAAUCUACUCUCUUGUCUAUUCCAUCCAUUUUUUGAACUUCAGAAGCGAAUGGGUUCUCUCUGCCGGCAUCAAACAUUUUCCUCUACCACUCCACAUUUUUUCCAGAUUAUUCUGGAGGACACUUGUAGAGAUAUCAAAAUUAGAAUUCCAAAGAAAUUUGUCAUCAAAUAUGGAGAAGAUGUAUCAAAUUCAGCUUGUCUUAAGCUUCCAAGCGGUUCUGAGUGGGAAGUGGAAUUGACAAGGUGCAACGGUAAGGUUUGGUUUGAUAAGGGCUGGCCAGAGUUCUCUAAGUUCUGCUCUUUAGACUACGGUGACUUCCUAGUUUUUCGAUAUGAAGGGAAUUCUAUAUUCCAAGUUUGCAUAUUUGAUAGAACUGCCACAGAAAUUGAUUAUCCCAUAAGAAUGCCCGAUAUGGAAAAGACGGAUCAUGAAGAUGAAGAAGAUGAUGACAUAUCUAUUGAAAUCUUGGAGGAUUCUCCACCCCGCCCGAAAACAAGGGAGAAAUCUCCCUUACCAUGCCCUCCAUCAUUCAAAAAAAUGAGAUCAAGUUGGAGUGGUAAAGCAGCCGACACGAUGUUUGGAAAUGAUGGUGAAGGCUUGUCUAGUGCACGAGGAUACCUGAAGGGAACAGUUGAGGCUACUGGGGAGAUGCAUUCACUGAAUAAAAGUGAAAAAGCUCAAGCUCUAUGGAGAGCUGAUGCUUUUAUAUCUGAAAACCCUCACUUCAAGAUUGUGUUGCAGCCUUCAUAUGUCCAACAAAGUUAUUUGCGUUUUCCAGUGAAUUUUUUAAAGAGAAAUCUAAUUAAAGACGCUGGUAAUGUCACCCUUCGGGUUUCAAAUGGAAAAACUUGGUCUGUACAGUUCAAACAUGAAAAAUCAAGGGCCAGACUCAAGCACGGUUGGCUUGCAUUUGUAAAGGACAAUUGUUUGAAAGUGGGUGAUGUGUGUAUCUUUGUCUUGAUUAAGGACAAUAAGCUUUUAUUUCAAGUCGAAUUUUUUCGAGCUACAAGUUUCCCCUUGCUACCAGGGCAUGGUAGAGGUGCAAUUGAACAAGUUGAACAUGACAGAAGCUCAACAAUUAAAGUGGAAUCGGAGUGCAGCAUGAAUUGUGGUAUGGCCUCUAUUAAUCCUUCUCCUCUUGAUAUUGGCAAGAACAGAAGGUCAAAAACUAGUGGGAAGGUUGCUCAAAGGCGUUGCUCAUCUUUGAGAGUUCCAAGGGUUAAUCUUGAAGCUGCCAACAAGUUCAUUCCAAACAAUCCCUUCUUCAAAGUCUCUCUUGGGGCUUGUCAUAUGGAGAAGUCAAAUGUGAGUGUACCGACUAGUUUUAUCAGGCGUUUCAUAAAGCGACUUGAGAAACAAACAGUGAUGCUUCAGAUUAAAAAUAGAGUGUGGCCUGUGAAUUUGAUUCCUUAUGCUUAUAGUAAUCAAAGACUAUCAGCCAAACUUUGUGGCGGUUGGGUUGCAUUUGCCAGGGAACAUGAUUUGAAAGGAGGUGAUGUUUAUGUAUUUGAGCUUAUGGAGAUGGAAGCCAAUAUUGUACUGAAAGUUCACAUUUUUAGAAGUGAUUAGGCCUAUUUGAAGAGUUCAAUUAUCACAUUUUGUUAUCUUUUUUUAAUUUAUUUAUUUUUUUCUAUUGGCACUGCACUUUUCGAAGUAUGUAUGAACCAGAUGA